AUGAAUGGCAGUGCACAGCAGUCGGAGCCCUUCGAUUACUCCUACUAUGAGUAUCCAGACUGGUACUCCAACAAUGCGGAGCCCACCAAACCCCCCAAGGAGGUGAUUCUUCCAUGUGAUCCAGCGGCUGAUGAUCAGAUCUUCCACAUUGUGAUCUUCUCAAUCUCUAUGGUGGUGCUUUUGUUGCUGGCAGCUCUCAGCAGAAAGAACAAACUGUGUCAGGGCUUCACCCGCGGAACCUCAUCAAUCUUCAGCCUGGUGAACUUUCUGGACCAGACUCAGGAGAAGUCCCUGGUCCUGGCCGUGUUUGGUCUUGUUUUCAGUAAACUGGCCAUGAUUCUGAUCGCUCCGGAUCCUCUACCCUUCUACAAAGACACGCCCCCCCACUUCAAAGAGUUCCUAAAGAUUGUGUCCAUCUUCUAUUACCCUCUGCUGUACGGUCCCCUGCUGGUGAGUUCCACGCUGCAGCUGCGCACUGGAUACCUCCUUGGAGCUCUGCUGUCCUUCAGCCACGGAGCUGUGCUGCUCUGGCAGAAGAUUGACUGCCCAAAGACACCAGAGUUGUAUAAGCUCUACGCUCUACUGGCCUCAUUGCCUCAGCUACUUUGCCUCCUCUUCAUCUGUGUCCGCUUCGUUCUGCUCUUCAUCAAAGGACCAGAGCACGACCAGGACCUUGACAGCAGCUACUACAGCGGAUAUGUCAAAGAGCUGCUGAAGAAGAAGGCGUCUGGAAGCUCGAUGGUGUGUGACAAACCCAGCCUGAUGCAGAGAAUUCAAGACGUCCCCAAAAGUUACAUCUAUGUCCCAGAGAAAGUUUUCCGGCUUCCUCUGAAGUUGGCCAUCGGGGCCUUCGUCUCUUUCAUCUGCAUUUAUCACACGGCCUUGUUGCUAAUUGUGCUGGUUGUUCCCACGCUGCACAUCAUCCGCGCUGGGAUUGAUGAGAACAUGUUCUACCUUAUGAUGGGCUUCGGGAUUGUUCUGUCUGAGGAUCGUCAAGAGACUGUCCAGAUCCUCAUUUUCUACACCUGGCUCCUGGAAGGUCGAGACCCGCUCGGACCAUCCGACCGCGACUUCGACCGCAUAGCUAGACACAUAACCCGCUUUGACCCCCGGCCCGGCAUACCUACAAACACUCGGUCAUACCUCCGCGUCGUCGAAUUCCACGCCGACCGCAUACCACACGCAUCCCAAGAUGACAAAAUAUUCUUGAUUAGACUCACGUCCAAUGGUGAGGUGAAUGACUUCAUCGAAAGGCAACCAAAGGCUAUAAAACACGACUACAACGAGCUCUGCAAAGCCAUCCUAGCAGAAUACUCAGACUACGGCGCCUCCGGGACCCUCACGGCAGCCAUGGCAGUCAAACAAGCUCACAACGAGCUUGCGGAAUGCUACUACCACAGAUUGCGACAGGCCUUCUUCGGCAACCGAAACUACGAAGGGAUGGAGGAAGAUCUUUCCCCUGUUGUGUUGUGGGUGUUGGUGUCUUGUUCUGGACCUGUUGUGGUGUUUCGGCCGGCUGUGCGUCCGUUGUCGUUCCGUGCGUUUUCUUUGGUUGUUGGUGUUGCUUUCGCGGGUUGGGAUUGUGUUUUGUUGUUUCGUCGUCGCCCGCUUUUUUUUCGUGGGUACCGUUGGCGGUUUUUCUCGUGUUUUCGCGUGUCGCUGCUCUUGUUUUCCCUUGUCUGUUUCGUGCGCGCUUUCUGCUUGUUCGUGUGGCGGUCGUCUGGUUUGUUUUGGCGUCGGCUUUUCGUGUUGGUGUCGCGCGGCGGUGCGGUCGUGCCUUGUGGGUCGUGGUUGGGCCGUGGUUUCUUUCUCUUGCCUGCCUUUGUCUUUUUUUUGUGUCGCGCCCUCCCAUUGUCUUUUGCGGUUUUUGUCCGUUUGCUUGCUGCUGUUUUUCAUCUGGGGGUGUUUUUCGGGGGGUGGUGGUGUUGUGGGUGUUUUGGGGUUGUCUGCUCCGUGCUUGGCUGCUUUGUGCGCGCCUCGUCUUGCUUUCCGGUGCCUUUCCCCUUCUUUUUUUGUUUUGCUGCUUUGCUUGUUGGGUAG